GAGUGCGCGAAGGGUACAGAAUACAAAUUAAUUGGAGUUUUACAAUACACUCAAUAAACUCCAAUCAACUAAUCAGGUCUAAAUAAGUCAAAAUACUACAAAACAAGUUGAUUAUCAUAUAACCGUUUUGCAUUUCCUUGGGCUAAUUCGCAUAUCUAAUCAGGAGUUAUCUUAUCUCUCCUCUGUUAUUAAAAUUGUACGCAAACUUCAUUCAACCUGGCGUCUGUGCACACCUGUGAGACCUGUUGAGUUUUAGUGUAAUUUUGAACAUGGUUCCCAGUGCGUACCAUCCUUUCAAUAUUACUUGUGAGCGCUACGUGAGUCACGAUUCCACAAUUUUUACCAUCCAUUUAGUUCCAUCGUCAUUUCAUUGUAGUGUUUGAUAUUAAUAUGACGAGUACAAUGAGUGACAGUGAAAGAACAGUGCAGUGCUGCAAUUAUAAAAACAGUUUCGAUUUAAAUAUCAGCGAUGUUAGGUACAGCUUCCAAAGGAGUUGGGUUAAAACUAAGAAGUUUAGUCACAGAGUUUUUGGAGCAAACAGCUUGCGUCGAGGUGCGGGUGUGAAUGUUCAAGAUGAUAACGGCUAUACACCGCUUCAUCAAGCAUGUUUGAAUGGACAUCGCGAGAUAGUCCGCGUCCUACUAUCGGUAGGCGCGAAUCCAGGCAUCACGGACAAGAAAGGCGCUACGCCCCUUCACCUGGCCGCGUUCAACGGUGACACCGAUGUCUGCUGGAUGCUCCUCGCUCAUAACCCUCCUAUCAACAUUGAUCAGCUGACAUCAGACCAUGAAACCGCACUACUAAUAGCCGCACAGUUUGGCUUCGUCAAUGUGGUCGCCCAGUUGAUAACCAGAGGAGCUGAUGUCACCAUCAAGAACAAUAACGAUGAAAGUGCACUGGAUCUUGCGGCGCAGUACGGCAGAUUGGCGGUGGUGCAGCACUUACUACAGGUGCGACCGCAAUUGGUCGACCAGUACAGAUACCCCGCCUGCCGUAACGUGAUCUUCACCUCGACCCCCCUACAUCGUGCCAGCAAAAAUGGGAGAAAGGACGUGGUAACGGCUCUAAUAGACGCUGGAAUGGACCCAAACGUCAGAACCCACAGCGGCACACCACUUCACGAAGCAGCUCGCUUCGGGAAACCCUCAGUAGUCCGCAUACUGCUCAACAAAGGAGCUGAUCUUCAUGCUCAGGACUCCUCAAGGAAGACAGUCUACGACCUUCUAGCUGAAUACCCUGAAGAAGCUACAAGAAAAGUCAGGAAAGUGAUUCGAGGUAUGUUCCAAGCAGAAUAUGAAAACCUCAUGGGGAAUUUCGACAGCGACAAAGAAUUGCCUCCGUUCCCUGUCCAGGAUUACAGCCCCGACGCCGUAAUGACACCAACAGAGACCCAGAAAAAUACUAAUAAUAUUGAUAGCCCUUUAACUCCAUCUUCAUCGUCUCUAACAAAAAGUCAUCCUCAAAGUUUUGUCAAAAAGCUUGCUUCAAAAUGCUUGGGCCUAAAAGCGAAAUUUAAUUCAGCUCCUAAUAUUUCUAAUAAUGCAACGGAAGUCGAUGUGAAAUCGAAACAAUCUGAAAAAAGUAACUCAAAUACAAUGCUUAUAGGUAACAGUAAGUUCUUUAAAAUGUUGUCGAAAAAGGAGGAAUCUGGCGAAAUUGUUUGUAACGAUGAAUUCGAUACUAUAUCACUAGAUAGGUUAGGCACAUUAAACAGAGAUUCCGUUGUUAACCGAAGUAACAGAAGCUGCCCUGGAUUUAAAACAUCUUUACCUAAUAUAUCAGAAAAUAAUGAGCUUAGUGAUUCUCAAGAAUCUGUUGCAGGAUCUAUUGUGAUUACAGAAAUAGACUAUAGUGAUAAAAGUAAAAACGAUUUGAAAGUAAACGAAGCUGUUAAUAACACAUUGAAACUGAAUAUAUUUGAACCAAGAGAAGCAAAUGACAGGAAAUCAGUUAUAUCUACAGAGUCAACACAUUUAGUAAACGAAUGUUACGAAUCUUAUGAAUUUUCUAAAACCGGUAGUGGUGGAAGUAGAAAAAAGUUGUCGCUCCCACGGCCUCCUCCAAGACACAACUUAGCUAGUUCAGGUAGCAAUGAAAAUAUCUACGAGAAUGUUGUGAUGGAAGUCAAAACUAUACCAAAGCCUGCUGCAAGAAUUCAUGUCCCCGUGAAACCACUCGAUGAAGUUGAAAGAAAAACUUUGUAUGAGAAUAUAACUGUUAUUCAAGAAAGGAAACCAGAACCUUUGAAAAGGACUUUCGUACCUAAAAAACCAAGUUCCGACAGUUUUGAUGAUAAAUCUUCUAUUCGCAGUAGAUCAUCCACGUUAUCCUCAGAUUCUAUGAUAGAUGAAACAAAUCUUGAGGACAUAUUACUUUCUGAGAAGUCAAAAUCUUUUCGACAUCGUAAAACUUCACCCUAUUCUACUGCGAAAUCACAAAUAUCAAGAACUCAAUCAACCGCAUCGGAUUCUUCAGACCUGACAGAAGCUAGUGCCUUAGAAAAUGUUGAUUGUAGCUAUGAAGUAGAGGAGAAACCAUUGUACCUAUCCAUGACUGGAACCCUACCAAACAAAAAGACAGAAAAAACUGACAGUAAAAAGGUUCUAUUUAGACAUAAAACGUUUACUAACAUUGAAGUAGAUAGGAAUUCAGUAAAGGUAAAAGAUUUACCCCAGUGGAACAAUACAUUUUUAAAAGAAACUUUGGCUCAUUAUCACAUUAGAGGUACCGGACACUGUAUUUAUAACGCCCCUACAGUUAAAGAGUUCAUUUACAUUUUUAACAGGGAAACGCUUUAUAGUGAUGUUCCACCAUUUACUAAAGUCCCUAACGACAAACGAGACAGUUAUUUUGAAACUGCAAUAUGUUUUUGUAGGCCCAGACCUCCUAAGUUUCACAGUAGUGCUGAAGAUCUUUUGGACAAGAAUACCCAGCCUGAAGAUGCUCAAGUUACUAUCGACUUUGAAGCGCUUAAAAACAGAAAUGAAAUAGUAUCAUCGUCAUUUAAAUGCUAUUGUGAUUCCGGUACUUGUACGUUGCAUUCAAACAAGCGCGAGUCUCCUGUAGACUUAGUUGUUAAAUUUUCAGCUAUCAAAAGAAGUAUUUCCACGCCAGACAUCACAUUAGACUCCUCUCCUUAUUCGACAACAAAUAAAUUACCUUUACCGAAAAAUAAGUCAGUACCGAAUAAUUUAGAAGAUCCGUACGCUGUAGUUAAUGUUGAUGAUAUAAUUGCGAGGAAUGCCAAUCUAACUCGCAAAAAUUCAGACCUGGAAAGUCCAGUUUACACUCCUAUGUCACACCCCUCUACUCUCUCCUCAUCGUCGUCUGCACGUCCUUAUUCUAUCAAAGAUAUUGCAGAAGUUAUAUCAUUAAACUCACAUUCAACAUCGACAACCUCUACUAUAUCUCAUGCUUCUGGUGUGCAUUUGCCUGUUAGAAAAUCGAGUUCCUCGGAAUAUUCCGGUCACUGGUCACUUCAUACUUGUAACUCUAACGUCACAAUCAAAUCUGACGCGUCAUUCAAGUCUUGUAUUGACUCGUCAGAUGAUUCAGACGAUGGUACCUUGCAUUCGGACGAAGAAAUAUCCGACGCAGAGACAGUAAAGUCAGAAGUAAGCACGGCAAAAAGACCAUGGAUCCACAGCGACUCUUUCAGAUUUGGAAGUAAAUCUAAACCUGAAAUUGAUGUUAUCGUUGAGGAAAAUAGUAGCGAAGACAAAUCAGAAGUUUCUUCAUCGAAACAUGAAAGUGGUAUUUGCUUAGUAGAAGGUUCUGAGAGUUCAUCGUCUGAGUGCGAGGAUGAUAGUGGUAUUCCGAGGGUCGAUACGGAUGUGUCGCUUCGUUCUGCUUCGCUUGAGCGGGGUUCGGGAAUGGUCGGGGGUGUUCGCAGCGGGUCGGGGCGUCGGCGAUGGGACGAGGCGGAGGGUACCAGCGAAGGCGAUGCGCUGAGCGUGUCCAGUGCAGCCUCUAGCUGUGCGCCUUUACUUCUGGCGCAUCAUCACGAGUACAGCAAAGUUUCGCCGACCCCUCCCAAGAAACCUCCACGGAGGAACUUGUCAGUGUCCCCCACCCACGCCAACUCCCCUUCUUCGGGGUAUAGCUAUGAGCUGAGACCCCACGCAAGAAGUCAAGACGAUCUGGAUGACAUACAGGGUGCUAAACACUACCUCAAACACGGUCGGUCGGUGGACCAAUACGUCGACGGCAAACUAUCAUACUCGGAAUACGAAGAGAAUCACAAUUCGCCCAGAGUAGCCCCAGUUCCUAACCCAAGGCCCAGCCUCAAACAUCGCUCACAACCAGUCGCCAUCACGGCUAUGUACGAAAACGUAGUCAUCAAAGAACAAAACCCCAGAAGAAAACUGAGAAGAAACAACUUCGCCCCAUCACACGACAACUAUGAACCAAGAAUGAACGACAAUAGAGUAAGAAAGUACUCGAACCAAGAAAAGUCUUCCUUAGAAAGUUUAUUAGACGAUCAGUCGAUGAAUAGUCCGAGCGAUUGUGAGCGGUAUUAUGACGGAAAAAGGGCUUCGAUUCCGUUGUCACCGACGCAUUAUGAACAGCCACCGACUCCUGAUCAUCCACCUCCUUCGGCUAAACAGGCUGAGAACUGCAUACACGAAAGGAUCAGGCCUUUGAGCCAGGAAUACAAAAGGAGGUCGGUACUUCGGGACAGUCAGACUGAGACGGAGGUGAACCUCCUUCGAGCAGCCUCAGCAGCCUCGGUCGCCAGUGGCGCCACUGAUAGAAGCGGGAACACUGACAACUGCGUUGAAGAAUACGUGUGCGAUGUGCCUUUUGCUGGCCUCUUCAAAGGCUCAACAACCACGCUAGACGGGAUCGGUCUGCGGCCGAUGCCAGCGGAGCGACCGAAAACGUUGAGAAAACUAAAGUCAGUUUACGAUGCGUCCCCGACUGAUGCACCGCCGGCUCCACCCUCUAUCCUAAGCAGCAAUGGACAGGCAACUGAUAGAAACAUCAAUGGAGUCGAGGAUGAAGUCAGGAGACGUAGUAACACUACCAGCUCGACGCAAAGCGGAGACAAGUCGCUGUCUAUUCUUAGCCCGUUUGAUGAGCAGGAGGAAUGGGCGAAGAUUUCCGAAAUCAUGGCGUCGUUUGGUAGCAAGCUCGUCCGGGAGUCAGUUUUCGUAUCAGAAUUGGAGCAGGAGUUCACUUCCAGACUCGGCCUGAGCUGUUCCGAAUCCAGCCUGAGCCCAUCCGUGGCAUCGAACCUUGGACUGUGGCUCUCUGGCAUGGGACUUCAUGACUAUGAGAGUUUGUUCCUAGAAAGUGGCUUUGAUGAUAUUGAUUUUGUUAACGGUAUCCUAGACGAAAACGAUCUCCGAGAAAUGGGCAUAGAAGAGAAUGAUAGACAAAAAAUACUAGAAUCAGCUAAACAAUUACCUCUUAAAAUAACUGAAAUAAGCAAUAAUCAUAACAAUAACAAUAUAAGUAAGAACCAAAAUGAAUCUGUAGAGGAAUGGCUGAGAAAUAUUAACUUAGAACAAUACAGUGAUACUUUUAGAAAACAUUUGUAUGUAGAUAUGGAUAGAGUGAGGAGAAUCUGGGAAGUAGAAUUGACGGCUGUGCUGGAAAUCCAGAAGGCUGGACAUAGGAAACGGAUUCUGGCUUCAGUGUCUGGACAGCAUAAUGGACCUGCUAAUCAUAUGGAGGAUAUUAGUGCUGAUCUCAAUACUUUGAAGAGCAACAUUCAGCAGCUAAAAGAAGAAAUCAAAGAGAAGUUACCACCUUCAGAAAAUUUGAAACCGGUUCCCCCUCCCGUUGUUCCUACACUGGCGCCGCCUGGUGGUGAGACAUUAAAACGCAGCAAAAAGAACAGGCCUGCUCCUCAGCCACCACGACCUUCGGAUUUGGAGAUCAGAGCACCAUCAGAACUGCUGGUUGGAGUACCAGGGGCGCUGAAGACUCAGUGGAAACAUCAGCCGUUUGUGCUGGUUACUGGGGCUGUGACUUACGUAGCUAAUUACCUAGGAUCAACGGUGGUGAAGGAGCUGAGAGGCACGGAGUCCACGAAGAAAUCAAUCCAAAAACUUAAGAAGUCUACCAAAGAACCGAGGGAUUCUCCUGACAUCAUCCUCUCAAUCAGCUAUAGAGGUGUCAAGUUUCUCAACACUAUCACCAGGGAGUUGGUGUGUGAGCAUGAGAUCCGCAACAUCCACUGCGCGUGUCAGGACGCUGAUGACUUGACCCACUUUGCCUACAUCACCAAGGAUCACACCAGUCGGAGCCACUACUGCCACGUAUUCAGAGUUGCAACUAUGGACCAAGCCACAGAAGUAAUUCUAACACUAGGCGAGGCAUUCGAAGUAGCUUACCAAAUGGCACUAAGGGAGCAAUCCAACAGGACCAGAGUGACCCAAUCUCUAGCCAAGACUCCGACCCAUGACCCAAUGACCACAAGCAACAAGGAGAAACCUAACGUCAACCACGGGAGAUCACAUUCCAUUACUGAGAUCAAGUUGAAUGGCCAUCAGCUGAAAAUUGCCCCACUACCAGCCUCCUUAUCCAAUGAGGACUUCCAAGCAUCUUCUAGAAGCACCGAUGGCUCUAAAAGCCCAAGAACUCCACUCCUCAAGGCGCCCAUAGCAUCUACUGAAGAAUUGUGAAAGCAAAGGUAAAGUUAACUAAACAGCUUUAGGUCAUCACUAUCGACUUCCACAAGGAUGAUAUUGAUCUAGUAAUAGUUUACAUUAUAGACAUUUUUAAUGUUGAUUAAUUUGGCUAAAAUGUUCAUGGAAUUGUCUUCCCGGAAGAUAAGCUUCCUAAUGUAAUGGAAAAUUUAAAUGUAAACGAAAAUAAUAAUGAUAUAAAUCUAAAUGUCUCGCCUUUGAACGUUGUGGAAAUUAAGACGGACAUGUUGGAUUUGUGUAUAAACCAAAAAGUAUUUGUAGGUGUCUGUUAAUCUUUAGCAGGUUUUGUACUAACAUUUUUUUUAUGCAGUUGAUGUGAAAGGAAGCUGGAUUUAUCUAGUUGGAAAUGAAAUUUUGCAAUGUUUUAUUGAUAUUACUCGAAUUUUGAAUCGAUAUUUUAAAAUAGGUUCGGAGGUUAGUGUUACUUUGAGGUUGGCACACAUUAUUGUUAGAUAAGAAAUAUUAAGGUACUAAGUAAUUUUAUUAUGAACUAAAUUAUGGUUUAAAUAUUGUUGUGUUCAUUUUAUAUUGAUACAAGUGCGUUCGUUUAUCAGUAAGGAUAAUGUUAACUGUUAUGUUGUAUUUUUAUACAUCACGAAUAAAAUUUUGCAAUAAUAUCGGCUCAAUCGUAAUGUGUGACAACCUCGUUUGGACCAACUUGAAAAUUAACAGAAAUACGCAGUUGGUCUAAAUAAUAUGUUAAAAUAUUUGUAUAUCAAUUUCGACACUGCUUUUACGUACCGUAACCUUAUAUAUAUACGAACUUAUUGUAUAAUUAUAAUAAUAAUUAUUAAUAGUUAAAAUAAUCAAUUUUACUAUUGAAUAGUAAAAUUCUAGGGGCUGUUAUAUUUAUAUAUAGUAGGUUUUUAUUGAUUGUAUAUUUUUGUUUCGUAGUAUUAUGAGUAUGUUAUUUUAGUGCAGCUGUAUAAAUGUGUUCCAGCGAUGCGUUGAAUUAUACAUUAUUUAGAAAUUGAUUUUCUUCUAUAGCUUUAUUGUAUAAGUAGUCGGUUUUGAUCUCAUUGGCCUUUGCUUAUUUUGUUUAAUAUCUACAUAUUAUUAUUUACCCUAUUUAAUACCUAGAGGGUAACCAGUGAGUUCAAUGCUGACUAUGGCUUGUAUAAUUUUACGCGUUUUGGAGAACAUUUGGAUAUUUGGGUAGGCCUAACUAUAUAAUCUCGUUUAGCAUAGCGUUACGUUACCAUUUUCGGUGUCGUAUAUAUUUAAAAAUGUAAAUAGCUGUAAUAUUAAGGGAUUCAAUAAUUAUUAUGAAAAUGGGUUGUUGAUAUUAACACAAUCUUAUGACGAAAAUAAAGCGAAUACGCCUAAAAUAACAUAUAGUACAUAAAACAUAUCAAACUGAUGUUACAUGUUAUUUAAAAGCCAAUUUAGCUAGAUCUCUACUAUAUAUGAUUUACGAAGCAAAGUUUUGUGAUUCGCUUGCAUGUAGAGGCCUAUUUAAAGUGGUCGGCAGUUUGUAAUUUUAAAAUUGAGCUUCCGAUGUUAAUUUUGCGAGUAGUUUUAUCGAGUUAAAAAGUACAUACAAUAAAAUAUGUGUCUCAAAAUGACGAAAAAAAAAAUGUUUUGAAUUUGAAAUUUUUCAUGUUUUCUUCAAUUUACGGCAACCGUUUUGCUCAAGCCAGUGGCGUUUUGCAAUUGUUUUUUAAAUAAAUGUUCGCUAAUUUUAAUACAUUUGGAAAUUGUACUAUUUUUUGUUCUCGUACGAAAUUGUACAUGUCGAAAUUAUGACGUCAUAAUGUACGUAACUUUGACGUUUAAUUACAUAAUGACGUAACACGAUUGUUAUACAAAGUGACGUCAUACUUUUGACACUUUUAAGUCUGAUUAUUGAUUUGAGAUUUGUGUAUCUAUGUGAUAAAAAGUAAAAAAAAUAUACAAAUUA